CACGCGCACAGCGCCUGUUGUGUAACACGGACAAUAACACCGGUUGACACUAUUGACAGUCCGCUGACGGCCUACCGUUGACAGGAGUUUCGCCGCGGUCCCGCGGCCGUAGACGCUCCCCGUAUCGCAUCUCCGCGGCGACGUCGCGCAACGCGUCCCCAAUGUGCGCCGCGAUGGCGAGGCAGACGCUGGAUCCGUCCCCGCGCACGAGGCAGCCGCGGCUCGAGAGUCCGCUGGUGAUUCCCGCCAAUUCGACACCAGGAUCGUAUCGUAACAUGGACGUGAGCACCCUGCAGAAUUGGCUGAACAGACUGCCGGAUGACUGGAGCUCGCCGCAGAGCCCGGACGAGCUUGUCAUCCAGAAGAGAGGUCGGCGCAGGUCUAUAGUAUGGUCCCCCGAUCUCGACACCUACAAGCGACGCAGCCUGCUUAGUUUGAGCUCCAAGGACCGCACGCCAGUUAAGAGUCCAUCGGCGUCGAACGCGGCGUUGAGGAAUACCGCUAGAAAGAGGCUGUCCCUCGUCGAUACUCGCCAAUCCAGCUUCGCCUCGCCGGAGAGCAGAAAGACGCCGUUGUCCUCUCGAGUGUCGUUGAACGCCGCAAACGCGCCAAGGGAGCAAUCCAACGACAAUUUGGCGAAUGGUCUGCGCAGCCUCAGUCACGAGCAACUUGUGCAAUUGAUUAUGGAGCUGGUGUGCGCGCAGGACAACGGUACGCUGCGCGAGAACGAGAAGCUGCGUAGUGUCCUCUUCAAAAAGAUGCCAGUUGCGGAUGUUCAGCCAUUGAUAGAAAAAUUAGUUGCCCUGCGACAAAAUGUUUAUACCAGUCUCGUGUUGGUCCCCAACUUGACCGACGAUUCCACUUGUAAUCGAGCUCACACGCAUCUGGAUACGUUUCAGAAAACUCUGAUUGAUCAAGGAAGACUACUGCAGGAAUCUCAGCACUGGGCUUCACUGUUGCACUACGUAUUGGAAGCAUGGAGAAUCACCAGAGAAUUACUGGAGUGGGACAGCCAUGGUUUUCAUAAAGUUACGCGACAAUGCUUCAAGAGUCUAUCGCAGUUUUGCACUGAAGCCAUAAGAAGAGGGAAUUUUGAAACGUCAGACCUGGAAAUUUACAUUGAAAGUCUGAAAUCUAUAGCAGCAGAAUGCGAAGAUUUGCAAAUCUGUCUACAGACAACGAAGGAAGGAAAGCGGGAAACUUAGGUCUUCUUUCUACCACGUGUAUGAUAAUUUUAUUUAAAUGUUUUCUGCGUAAGCACACGAUGAGCAGUUUGACAUGUAUCCAUAAACAGGAUGAUAUAGAAAAUAGAAUUCACCAGUGACAGAAAUAACCAGUGAUAGAGAUAACCAGUGACCGAACAAUGAAACUGUUACAGAUAAUUUUUCAAAAAUUAAAAAUAGAGGGUUUAUUUUUAUUUUUAAGUAACUCUAAAUAUCUUGAAUCGUCCUGUAUAUGCGUAUACAUCGACGCAAACAUAUGUGUUUUAUAUUUAUAUAUUUAUCCAGUCAACGACUGCGCUUACGUGUACAGACACGUGGAGAUAAUAUAUAUGAAAUAUUACUAAUAUAUAUUCACUUUUUGACGGUGGCUGAUACAAUUCGAAUUACACUUGAUACUCUACUCUCUUUGAAUUAUUAUUAUUAUUUUGGGCUAUCGAUAAUUUGUAUUAACCCACGUGAGGAAAAUUUUUUUUAACUUAUUGAUUGUUGUAGUUAAGUACAGAAAUAAGUAUAUAUUAAAUUUUCUAAUGGAAACGUGUUUAUUGGGAGUAUACGAUAACAAAAGGAAACGAGUAAGAUUGCUACUGAAGAAUCAGUUGAUGCUCAAUAGAAAGAUUAAUCUUUAAGAAGUUAGUUUCAUUAAUUGAUUAGAUUUGUUAAAAUGUAAAUAAGAAUUACUUACUUGAAAUUUCAUCCAGUUUUCACCUUGUCCAGUUGUAACGUUUGCAUAAAUGGCAUCAUAAUUUCGUUGUAGAAUUGUUCGUGUGUGCAUUUUUGCAAAUAUCUUUAGCCUUCUUUUCGCAUAAAACAGUGUUACUGAAAGAUCCAUACUCUAUUGUAUCUAGAUAGAUCAAAGACAUGUUUCUACGUUAAGCAGCCGAGCACUGUUUUACAUUGUACUGUACAGCAGAGUCUUUCUCUAUUUAUUAUAACUUGAUAUAUUUAAGGUAUCCUCGAGAGCAUUGUAUCGCCGAAUAUUUUUAUAUAUUGUGAAAGUAUUUUUUUACACGACCAAUGUAACUGCAACUAGCGUUACUAUGUAUUUAUAGAGUAAUUGUAUUGCAUUUAUUAUAAACCGCCUGACGGGUAAUGGACUAACGCGAAAAUCCUAUUUUUUUAUUAAAAACAAUUUAUUCGUCA